AUGCAGGGAAAUGGGUUGGUUGUGCUGGCUAAGGUUUUAGUUUUGUUGAGCCGGGCUUGUAGCUUUAUUCAGGCUUCUUACCGGGCGGUUGAAUUUGUGGCCAAUAUUGGGCUAUUGGGCCUUGCACUUUAUACUCCGCCCAACUUGGGAAAAAUAGAAAACCGGAAGUCCAUAGAGUAA